AUGCGCGUCUUCUCUGCGCUACUUGUGACUUCCGUUGCAGUCCUGACGUGUAUCACCGCAGCCUCGGAAAUUUCUGAGCAGAAGCCGAUGACUCGCAACCAGUCGGCGAGCGCUCGUUCCGCGGCAGGCGACCACAGUGCUGAUCCAGCGAACCGGUCACCGAGGGAUUCUGACACUGAAGAUGAGGAAGCAAGAGCGGUUCUACCCCUUCUCGCAACAACGACGUUCAAGCCUUUGCCUGCAAUGCAGCAUGCAUUGAGUCAGGGGAAAGCUGCUGUCUCUGAGUCGGAAAAGCUUCGGGUGAUGGUCGAGGACAAUCUUGCCACUUUCUCCAAAUCUCUACCAUCCAGGUAUGAUUUCGAGGCCAAGCGUAUCGGAGAACAAAGAGCAAAGCUGAAGGCGCUGGGUGUAGCGGAGAAAGACCGGUAUUGUCGCGACGUGAUUUUGGAUGGGAAUGCACGUCCUGGCAUCAUAAAGGCUGUCGGCGACUUAGUGUCAGCGGAUGAUCGCGUAAGUACAAUUGCGAUAAACGUGAUGGGUCAAGAAAUUCAUGCGCACGAAGUCGAGCGUCGGGCACAAGAAGCUGCAGCAAAGUUUGGUGAGACGGCUCGUCGAUGGAUUGACAACGGCAAGAGCAUCAAGGAUGUGUUUACGCUGCUACAGCUCGAAGAAGAGGGAGGCUUUAUUUUUGCGACGGUAGAGCUGGAGGUGCUGAUGAUGUUUGUUAAGGCAUUCAACGAGAAGCAUGGCACGAACUUUGGACUGCUGGAUGCCUUGGUGAUAGGUUUUGAGGAUGAGGGCAAGGUCGCACGGAUUCUAUCAUUUGCGAGCUCCAAUCCGGUAUACAAGGCUCGAGCUAAUACCUUGCAAAAGGAGUUGUUCGGUCGCUGGCUGCAUCAUGGAAUAUCCGAAGAUGGUGUUUUCGUGAUACUAGGGCUUGACGAACCGGAGAAGAUCAUAACGUACGAGGACGUGGACACCAUUACAAAGUACGUCGACAUGCUCAUCGACAAGCAUUUGACCACAAAGCCGAACGCGUACGAAGUUUUGAAAGCAAACCUUGGAGAUCGCAAGUUUGCGAAGCAUCUCAGUGCAGCGAUAAUGGCGGGGCAAGAAAGCGAAAAACACAUGGGAUCCUUGCUACGAGACUGGUUUAAUCAGGGGAUCUUGCCCGAGGACCUGUAUGCUCGAUUCUUCAAUGAAGGAAGUCCCGACAAGCACAAUGUUCUUGCCCUUAACGAGGAAAGUCCUAGCGAAGUGCUGGAGGUGAAUAAGGUGUUGUCGUUGUAUCAUAAACAUCACCGUCAACAUAGCGGUGAGCCUAUUCAUCGCCUGCCUAUUCCCCCGAGCAGCUGA